AUGUCGGAGAGUCCGGAACCACCAAAAACUAAAUUAGUUCAAUGUCAGCAUGAAUUCCAAGAAAAAUUACAUGAGAUGCAAACACCACCGCCACCUUUAAUAAGAUCUGCAAAUAAUCAACACGAAACGGAGUAUAAUGUAAUGGACGAAAUUACUCGCGUUCAUCGACUGAUCAGAGCUCAUGGAGAACAAGGUGAUUUUGGAAUGCAAAUGAAAUUCGGUAAUUUAAUACCAAUCUAUGGAAAUAAUCAAGUCGAUAAAUUAAGUGAAGUUUUGGCAAAUGCACGUAAAAAUGGUUUUGUUAGUUAUACUCUCAAGGAUUUCUUACAACAAGAUCGAGAUGAAGAUAUUUAUAUUAGAUUGGUUAAAACACCAGUUUAA